AUGAACCGACUCGAAGUAGACCUGAAUCUACAGGAGACGCCUCUUGUCUGCGAUUACUUUGACAUUAUCGCUGGCACAGGCUCGGGCGGUCUCAUCGCGGUUCUCCUCGGGCGUCUGUGUCUUACCGUAGACCAGGCCAUUGAAGAAUUUGUCGGGUUGUACAAGUCCGUUUUCAACGAUCGCAAGGACCCUGGAAAGGAGGAUGCUUUCAAGGCGACAAAGCUAGAGAGUAAGGUCGAAGAUAUUCUGGGGCGGUAUGGGCUACCACCAGAUGCCAAACUCGACGGCAAGGACAGCCUGAAUGGCAAGUGCAAAGUCUUCGUAUGUGCAGUCUCUACGUCCAACCUGGAUGCCUGUCAACUCUUUCGGACAUACGACGCACGUACCCGGAUUGACUGCACCAUUAUUGAAGCCGUGCGCGCUACAAUGGCUUCUCCCUCGUUUUUCAAACCCGUUGUCAUCGGCCCGAAGGACUUUGCACAAGAGUAUAUUGGCGGGAGUAUUGUCUGCAAUAACCCCUCGCGCCAACUCCUAAAGGAGGCGCGCACUGUCUUUGGAGACGACAGGCGACUGGCGCUCAUACUCAACGUUGGUGCAGGGAGACCGCAGGUACUCUCGCUUUCUCAGGCGGUCGAGGGAGAUGUCGCUAUGGACGACGUCGUUACGGUGCUCGAGAGCAUUGCGGUCGACUGUGAGACGAUGGCAGACGAACUGGGCCACCAGUUCUCAGAAGUUGGCGUCUAUUAUCGACUUUCUGUCGACAGAGGGAUGGAGACAGUUGGGGUACAUGAAUGGCGCGAGUUUGAAAAGGUCGCCACGCACACACAGGCAUAUCUUCAAGGUCCAGUGGCAAACCGAUUGAUUGAGCUUUGCCUUCAGUCCUUGAAGGCUCCCAUUGGAUCCAUCACCUUACAAGAACUCAACCAAUCCGCUUUGUCUAUUACUAGGUUCAAAGGCUUGCCUCCACUCACCCCAUACUUUGUGAUGAGGCCUGAAGUCUGGAACGCGAUGCAGACGAGUCUCAUUGCAAAGUCGGCAGAAGAGAACGCUAGAAUUCAACGAAUCUUUGUUAUUUGCGGAAUGGGAGGUAGCGGGAAGACCCAGCUAUCGAUUCGGUUUGCAAAGGAGUAUCAUACAAGCUACUCACACGUCUUCUUCCUUGACGGAAGCUCUGAAGCGACCAUCCGAGGCGAUCUCCAAGCAGCCAUUCGAUCACAAGGCACAGGCUUCUCGCAGCAAACAGCCGACGAUUCACUCGCCUUUCUCGCCCGUAAACAAGCCGGAUUCAGCUGGCUCCUCAUCUUUGACAACGUCGACGAUCCAGCCAUCGACUUGCGCCAGUUCUUCCCUCAAUGCGACCAUGGCGCUAUCAUUGUCACAACACGCAACCGUGACCUCGCUCAACUCGCGACCACGAUGCAUUGGCAGCUUGGACCUAUGACGGACGACGAAGCUGUUGACGUGCUCUUACGUUCUGCGCAUCGUCCAUUCCCACCUACAACAAAGGACGCAGAAAUUGCGUUGGGAAUUGUCCGUGGAUUGGGACAUCUUCCCGUUGCACUUGUGCAAGCUGGAAGCUAUUCUUUCCGCAUGCACUGCUUUGAGAGGUAUCUUGAUCUUUACAAUUCUAACCGGAGCAAGCUACUCCGCGACAAGGCGACAUCUCAGCUGGAUCAUUACCAUCAUAGCGUGUACGCCGCUAUCGACACGUCGUAUGCCGCAUUACCACAAGGAGCAAAGGAGCUCCUACACGUUUGCGCAUUUCUGCACAAUACAAGCAUCCCGCGGGCCAUGUUCUCCAUUGGCGCCAAGUCUGAUUUUCUCUACGAGGCGGAUGUGUACGACGUACCACGCAUACAUUCAAACAAGCACGUUGCCCAGCUACUACGUUCAGCCUUUUACGAGGAUGGCCAAAAAUGGGACGAGAUGCACUUUCACGAGAUUCUCCAUUCGCUUCAAGUCUUCUCGCUCGUCUCGACUGUACAUGCUUCCAAUGAAGCCUUUUUGCACUUCCACCCUCUGGUACACUCAUGGGCACGAGAUUCGCUCACGUCGAGGGACGAUGUAUUACGGUAUAAAGCAAUGGCUGUCCGGUUACUCGUAUGCUCGACUGGCGCAGAUCACUGGAUGUUGCAUCGCUACUUGAUGCCACAUAUUCUUGAGAUUGUCGAACACGGCGACUUGCAUCCAAACGACAAUUCUGCGUUUGCAAAGGUCUUGGCUGAAGCGGGUGUCUAUGAGGAUGCGCUCAAUCUGCGGAAAGAAGUCAAGAGGGCAUGUCGAAUGUGGAAUGGGGCACGGCAUUGGCGCACCCUCGAUGCAUUGGCGAAUCUGGCGGACACAUAUUGUAAGCAAGGGUCGUGGGCAAAGGCAGCCACACUGUCGAGUGAAGUGUGGGAGUUUCGGAGAAAGCUUAUGGGUGCGGAGGAUGGAAAGACCCUGCGUGCGGAAGCGUCAUUGGCAUUUACGUACCAUCAACUUGGGCGGUGGAAGGAAGCAGAGGAACUUCAACUUGAAGUGCUGAAUCUACGCAAACGCUUGCUUGGUCCGAAACAUAUCGAUACAAUCCAAGCCUCUGCAGAUCUUGCUCAUUCGUUUAUUCAACAAGGUAAAUGGGCAGAAGCAGAGGACCUUGGACUCGAAGUGUAUCGAGAACGACGCAAAUUAUUAGGGGAUGAGCAUCCUGAUACCUUGCUUGCCUCUUCGAAUCUCGCGUUAAUCUACUACGAGCAAUGUCGAUUCAAAGAGGCCGAGGUUCUCGAACAAGAAGUGCUUGCACUCAGGAGAAAGGUCCUCGGAGCAGAGCACCCCGAUACGCUCGACUCUAUGAACAACAUUGCCGCUACACUCUCACAACUCGAUCGGUGGCAAGAAGCACAGGCAAUCGAGGAAGAAGUGCUGGCUCUCCGACGUAAACUUCACGGGCCAACGCACCCAGAUACUAUUUCUGCGAGCAAUAAUCUCGCGGUCACGUAUCGAGAGGUAGGGAACUUGCAGCAGGCCCAAGAACUACUGGAGGCGGCGUUUGCAGAGCGCUGCAAGGCCGUUGGAAACGACCACCCAGACACACUUCACCCACUCGCAAACCUCACCCUCACGUAUCACCUCCAGGGUCGCUUGGAGGAUGCAAAGAGACUUGCUGUCAAAGCAGUAGUCUUGCUCAAAGACGUUGUCGAUACUACCGACCACCCCGUUUUCCGCAAGACGCUGAACAAGGUUAGCGCAAUCUUGGAUCGAGGCCCAACCUAUGAUGGUGAGAAGCGAAGGAGUGUAGUUGCAUAG